UAACACCUCUCUUUCUGCAUGUACAGUGUUCCCUAGCAUCUUCAGCCUUCCAUAUUUAAAUUCUUUAUAACCCGCUUCAUUCUGUUAAAAUUCACUUGAAUGUUGGCCACAAGGUGUUUCUCUUAAUUGGCUGUCAAGCUACACUGAGUCCUGCUUUCUUCCCUGUGAUGCAGGGAAGGAAGAACUGCUGAAAGUUUAAUCCUAUAAACUUGUCUUUUAGAGUAACAGAGCAUAAUCAAGGAUGGCUUGUGCCUUGUUCUGCAUUGUUAGAUGGUACCACCAAGCGUGUUUUGUGAGUUGUUAGGCAGUUAUGGUCUUGGGGUAUGUUAUGCUAAAAAGGAGGGGUAUUCACAGCUAGUCAACUGUGUCUGUAAAAAUAGAUUAAAGGUUAGGGUUGAUACUCUUCCUCGUGUUUCUGCUUGCUGCUUUGAGCAUUUGAUAGUUGUGGCUAUAGCUUUAGUUUGUGCUUCUUGAAUGGUUCUUGCUUUUUUGAGAGUGACUUAAUUUGUGAUUCCUGUGGUUAUGCAGCUCCACUGAAACUUCAUCAGCUAACUAAAUUUUUUUCAGAAUUUAAGGAUAACAGUGAAGAAUGUAGUACAGUUUAAACUCGCCUAAGUAUCGUGCUAAAUUUCAUUGCGUUGGAUGAAGGGUUUGUUUUCUCCUUUUUAGAUAUUCUUCCACUCCUCUUAUCAAGAUGGAAAGCUCAGAUUCUAGUGAUAAAGGAAAUAUUGAUCAAUCAGAAGCACAACGUCAGAGUCAGCUAGAUCGGUUAGAUCGAGAAGAAGCUUUCUAUCAGUUUGUAAACAACCUGAGUGAAGAGGACUACAGGCUUAUGAGAGAUAACAAUUUGCUAGGAACACCAGGUGAAAUUACUGAAGAAGAGUUGCUGAGAAGGCUACACCAAGUUAAAGAAGGUCCACCACAGCAAAACAGUGAUGAGAAUAGAGGUGCAGAGUCCGCAGAAGAUGUUUCAAAUGGAGAUUCUAUAAUAGACUGGCUUAAUUCAGUCCGACAGACUGGAAAUACAACGCGAAGUGGGCAGCGAGGAAACCAAUCUUGGAGAGCAGUGAGCCGGACUAACCCCAAUAGUGGUGACUUCAGAUUCAGUUUGGAAAUAAAUGUCAACCGUAAUAAUGGGAACACAAAUCCAGAAACUGAGAAUGAGCCAUCUGUAGAGCCUUCCAGUGGGGAGGAUUUGGAAAACAGCCAAAGUGACUCUGAAAUUCCAAGGUCUGAAUCACCAUCCGUAAGGCAGCCUGGAUCAGAAAGGAGUGCUUCUGAGGAGCUAACAACUGAGGAAGCCUCGCCUCCUAGAGGGCAGAGGAGAGCGAGAAGUAGGAGCCCAGAACAGCGGAGAACACGGGCUAGGACUGAUAGAAGUAGGUCACCUAUUAAUCCAGUGAGUGAGACUCCUCGCAGGGCUCAUCACAAUACAUCAUCUCAGACACUUGAUCAUUCCUCGGUAAAUGAAGCUGAGGGAAGUUCUAGAACUAGGCAGCAUGUGACCUUAAGGCAGCAUACAGUGGGGACUGAGAUGCCAAGUGAAAACGCAGUUCUGUUUUCAACCCCUGAAACCAGACCUGUUCCUCAAGCAACAGGUUCUUCAGAAACUAAUGGCAGCAGUGAGUCUGCAACUCCUGGGCAGAGGCCUCCUACUAUAGUACUUGAUCUUCAAGUGAGAAGAGUUCGUCCAGGAGAAUAUCGACAAAGAGACAGCAUAGCCAACAGAACUCGGUCCAGGUCCCAGACACCUAACAACACGGUCACUUACGAAAGUGAACGGGGAGGGUUUAGGCGCACGUUUUCACGUUCAGAACGGGCUGGAGUGAGAACUUACGUCAGUACCAUUAGGAUUCCUAUUCGUAGGAUCUUAAACACAGGCUUGAGUGAGACUACAUCAGUUGCUAUUCAGACUAUGCUAAGGCAGAUAAUGACAGGCUUCGGAGAGUUAAGUUACUUUAUGUAUAGUGAUAGCGAUGCAGAUCCUAGUGGCCCUGCUCCAAAUCAGAAUGUGGAUGCUUCUGAGCCGCAGAAUGGAGGUGGUGGUAGUUCAAGCAACGAAAGUACAGAUGCUAGCUCAGGGGAGGUGUAUGAAGGUGGUAACGAAGGUGGUUCGACAUCUGGUGCUAGACGGGAAGGUCGGAAUACUAGGGGAUCGGUCACAUUUGAAGAAAGUGGUUCUCUGCCAUUCCUUAGCCUGGCACAGUUUUUCCUGUUAAAUGAAGAUGACGAUGACCAACCAAGAGGACUCACCAAAGAACAAAUUGACAACCUAGCAAUGAGGAAUUUUGGUGAGAGCGAUGCUCUGAAAACCUGUAGCGUGUGUAUUACAGAGUACACGGAAGGCAACAAGCUUCGUAAACUGCCUUGUUCCCAUGAGUACCAUGUCCACUGCAUUGACCGCUGGUUAUCAGAAAAUUCCACUUGUCCCAUUUGUCGCAGAGCAGUCUUAGCUUCUGGUAACAGAGAGAGUGUUGUCUAAACGAGAUCUGAAUUCCUGGCCAAGCAGCUAGUGUAAUAGUGAUGGGCAAAGAAGUCACUUCCUUUAUGGCCACUUUUUGAGUGGUACCUAAAUGUAUAGUAAUGACUUGGAGUGAAUCUUCCCUCGUGAAAGCAUUUUCUGAAUUAAAGCUUUUAAAAUUGGAGCAUUUCUUUAAUUAGGUUUUUCAAGGUCUAGUCAGUUUGUGAUAAAUAUCACUUGUCCAAAGACAUCUACCGGUUUAAAAAUAUGUUUUUCAUUAUGAAGACUAUUAAGUUUUUCCCCUGCCCCCCAGGCCAAUAAGCGUUUUGUCCUCAAGGUUGUACUCACGAGGAAUUCUUCUGAGAAGUCGUCCCAGCUAAGCGUACAUGAGUCGUAAAGGAUUUUUUGCAAGAGAUCCAACUACCCGACUGAAAAAUAAUAUGAACUUAAUUGCACACUUGAACAUACUCUUAAUUUUCAUACUGGGUUAAUAUUGGACAUGUCUGUGUAAAUAACACUAAUGUUAGCCCUUUCCCCAUCACUAUGGCACGCUGUAGGAUGAGCUGUUAGCUUAAUUGGGAUAUUUAUCUUGUUGUGGAAAUAUAAGAAUUGCCUAUGCUGUUUAAAUAAAAAAAAAAUCUGUUUUAAAAUUGUAAAGCUUUUUUGUAGAAGCUCAGUACUUUUCCAAUGCACUGUUGUACUAAUGCAUUAAGAAUUAAAAUUGUACCAUGCUUAGAAAUCGAGAAUGCUUUUCAUACAAAACCCACCACACAGAGAGCAAACUAAAUACAAGAGAGCUGCUUUUGUAACUGUGUACCUGUCAAGAGCAGUGCAUAUCUGUACUAUUUAUGUGAACAGCUACUGUAAUAUAAGAACAAUUGAAUUAGACAUCUUAAUUGCAUUAAAAAAUGGAAAUUGAAUGUUAUAAUUGCAGUGUUUUGGCUCAGUAAUGCCACCAAAAAAGAUGAUAAAAAUUUAGAAACUGU